AUGAAUAACCAAACAUUACUGCGAUAUCCGCCGAGAAAGCAACCAUUGUAUCUUCAAGAGUAUGAGUAUUUGGAGGAAUCCAUUUCCGCCAUUAACGGGGAACAAUCUUGCACUCAUUAUACGCAGUGUGGAAUUUAUAAGUUUGGAUCUGCAUGUAGAUUUGAUCAUCCUAUGGUAUCCCAGAUUUACAGUUCAUCUGUUUCUUCUCUAUUUGAUAUGUCAGUUGCACUCUAUCCCUUUGGUCUCUCCAUUGGUUCCCUUGCUCCAUCAUUCUCAUCAUAUGAGUUGAGGUGUGAACUUGCCUCAGGAUCUAGCAUAGAGUCCGCCUCAUCCAGAAUGUCAUCAUCAGUGAACUCAUUGAUUGUAUUAGUUAGGUUAACUUUAUCAAUUAUUGUACCUGUUUCUCAAUCAAGUAGGCAGUCAUCUUAA